GUGUACUGAACGUCUUUAAUCAGAGAAUAACUACAAUCCCAUGAAGCAUUGCAAAUGACGUAAUUGAAUAAAAAAAAAACAUAGAAAUAUGUGAAAUUAUUGAUUUUUGGUUGUUGAUCGUAAGUAUAGAAACAGGAGGCCGGCUCGAUUGUGUCAUUCCUGUUGCAUCGUGGAAGUGGGCGCUCGCUGCUGGGCUUGUUUGGCGAGCUUUGUUGGCCGCUGUUCUCUGAUUGGUUGAUCUUCCUCUGCUGGACCAUGGGUAGUGUAGUUCUUCACCAGGAAUUCCAAUAUUAAACAAGAUUUUUAAACAAUGAAGUUGAAAUAACGCAGACUGGUGGCUUCAACAAAGGCAUAAACCAUCAAUGAACAACCCCGGAGCUCAUGGAAGGUCUGUCUUUAAAGGUUUGUAAGUUAUCGUUGAAAAUGAAUUUGUCUAUGAAAAAAAUUAAUGGGAUUUUUACGUCCGGAUCCAGACUUUUGUGCUCUAUUUGUGCACUUUAUUCCAGAUAUUACAAUGCUGUAUGACCACUUUUUGUCAGGAACAGAUCCAACUUUAAGUCUAUUUAAUGAUCUGCAUUCUCAUCUGCCAUAACAGUCAGAUCCUGACCCACUCUCAUUUAAAGAUUAGAAAAUUGCCACCUCAACAAGCGUUUAACGUCAGUGAUCUCAAAUGCCAUUGCUUCCAAAUGCCAAGGUAAAAUGAAAUAUGAUGCAGAUUAUGAAUUCGGGUUCACUUACAGUGAAGAUAAUCAUGGUUUGUGCCAACUACAGUUGGUUGUGUGCUGUGAAUUAUUGACUGCUGAGACCAUUGAAACACCACUGAAAUGAGGCCAAAAUUGUUUGUUAACUUUUGUGUUAUUAACUAUUUUGGUACUGUGUUGGGUCACCACUUGAUGUCCAGUGUAAAAUCUGGAAGCAAAACCAGUUGAGAAACACUGCUGUAAUAUCCAAAUGUGUGUUGAUCUUGAUGUAGUAAAUGUGCUUGUUGAGUUCAUAGAGCUGAUUAUAGUGUUGUCACUGCAGGUAUUGCGAUCAGAGAGAUUGCUAGUGUGGGGGAUCAGGCACAGAGACGUCUCAUGAAAGGUGUGGAUGAACUUGAUUUCUUCAUCGGAGAUGAAGCCAUUGAUAAACCCAACUACGCAACCAAGAUUAUUGCAACUGUCACAUAUUCCCUGUUUUUGUGUUGACUUUUAUGUUGAAAUUCUCGUUUAGUUCCUGUUACCUCUUAGUUUGUAGUCCUUUUGUAGUUUCAUUUUAUGAUUGGUUUUCCCCUGAUUGUUUUUCCCAGGUAUUCCUCUUUUCCUUGUUUGCCCAUGUGUAUUUAAGCCCUUGUUUCCCCUCAUGUUCUGUGCCUGGUUUCCUGUGUUUUUGUUUCAUUUAAUUCUGAUUUACUUUGUUCAUCUUUUGUUUUUCAUUAAAGCCGCAUUUAGAUCCUCAUCUACCUCGUCACAGAAAGACUGACCUAAAAAUGGAUCUAGCAGCCGUCAGAAUUCUGCUCCUUCAGCAAGGGGACCGUCCAGUUGAGGAUCACGUCCGUGAGUUUCUAGAGCUGGCAAAUGUAGUGCACUAUCCAGACCGCUCUCUGGUGGUUUUCUUCCGGGCCGGUCUGAAUAGUGCACUGAGGGAACUGAUGCCUCCGGCUGAUCAUCACUGGACGCUCGGCGAAUAUGUCUGGAACUUUGCGUGUCCCUUUAUACAGUGGAUUAUGGCAGGAACCCCGGGCCAAAACCUGCAUCUUCGGCUCCCUUGUCUUGAAGCCCUCCACAGCCCCUGUCUCGAAGCCCUCCACGGCCCCUGUCUCCAAGUUGUAUGAUCUACCACUGAUGUCGGUGCGUAGGUCCGUGAAGACCCUACCUCAAAAAUUGUCUUCACCCACGCCUGCCACAGUCAACGAGCCAGCGCCCAUGCCUGCCACAGCCCCCUCGAAGCCUUCCAUGGCCCCCGUCUCCAAGUUAUAUGAUCUACCAUUGAUGUCGGUGUGUAGGUCUAUGAAGACCCUACCUCAAAAAUUGUCUGCGCCCACGCCUGCCACGGUCAACGAGCCAGCGCCCAUGCCUGCCACGGUCAACGAGCCAGCGCCCAUGCCUGCCACGGUCAACGAGCCAACACCCACGCCUGCCACGGCCAACGAGUUGCCAGCCUUGUCCGUCCCAGAGCCAGCGUUGCCAACUUCAGCCAUCCGGAGGAGGAGGAGGAGGAAGAAGAAGAAGAAGAAGAAGAAGAAGAAGAAGAAGAGAAGUUUCCAUUCCCAAAUCUCCGCCCAUGCCCACGACUACGGAGGUCGUUCCCGAGUCUCCGCCCAUGCCCACGACUACGGAGGUUGUUCCCGAGUCUCCGCCCAUGCCCACGACCACGGAGGUCGUUCCCGAGUCUCCGCCCAUGCCCACGACUACGGAGGUCGUUCCCAAGUCUCCGCCCAGGUCCACGGAGGUCGUUCCCGAGUCUCCGCCCAGGUCCACGGAGGUCGUUCCCGAGUCUCCGCCCACGACCACGGAGGUCGUUCCCGAGUCUCCGCCCACGACCACGGAGGUCGUUCCCGAGUCUCCGCCCAUGACCACGACCACAGAGGUCGUUCCCGAGUCUCCGCCCAUGCCCACGACCACAGAGGUCCUUCCCGAGUCUCCGCCCAUGCCCACGACCACAGAGGUCAUUCCCGAGUCUCCGCCCAUGCCCACGACCACAGAGAUCGUUUCCCAGUUUCCGCCCAUGUUCGUGACCACGGAGGUCGUUCCCGAGUCUCUUCCCAUGUUCGCGAACACGGAGGUCAUUUACCAUUCAUCCAGGACUCUUUGUCUCGAGCCUGCCAUGGCUCCACCUUCCAUGGCUUCGCCCCUCGAGCCUGCCACGGCUCCGCAUUCCACGGCUCCCCCCAGAGUCUUCCACUGCUCCGCCCGCUCCCCCAGAGAUUAUUCCUCCAGCGGCUCCACCCGAUUCCCCCAGAGACUAUUUCUCCAGCGGCUCCGCCGCCUGACCCUGUGUCGGCCUUGCGGCCGAGUUUUUGUGUUGACUUAUGUUGAAAUUCUUGUUUAGUUCCUGUUAGUUUGUAGUCCUUUUGUAGUUUCAUUUUAUGAUUGGUUUUCCCCUGAUUGUUUCCCCAGGUGUUCCUCGUUUCCUUGUUUGCCCACAUGUAUUUAAGCCCUUGUUUCUCCUGGUUUCUUUGUCAGCCUUCACAUGUGUUCUCAUGUUCUGUGCCUGGUUUCCCAUGUUUUUGUUUAGUUUAAUUCUGAGUUACUCUGAGUUCAUCUUGUUUUUCAUUAAAGCCGCAUUUAGGUCAUCAUUCCUCGUCUACCUCAUUACAGCAACAAUCUCAAACAUCUGCUGAUCAGGAACCACAUCGAUCUCAAACCCUCGCCGCUCAAGAACAACCAUAACAACAACAAACAAUUGCGGAUUCAUAUCCCGAGGUUACUAGAGCUGGCCAGAUCCAGCUCCAUUCCUGCUUGGUUUCGGACUCCACUGCUACGUGUCUCUGAGUGAUGAUGACAAACUACAGCUGGUGCUAGCCAGACAUCACUUCAGUCUUUUACGUUGGACUUCUGAGGAUGAACUGAUGCCAACUCCAACUGUAAGACAUCAGAUACUUCAUAUGCCACUGACUGAACCUUGGACUUAGGAUGGAGCCCACCGAACCUCACCAAAAUGACCUGCCAGUUGAACUGUGAUGCACCUCACUGAUCUCUGCAAGCAUCACCUUUGCCUAAUGAUGGACUACACUCUUGAAAUGGAAUACAUAGACUAUCAAUUAAUUGCCAAAAAAAGCCUUCAUCAGCCAACCAACAAAGAACAAUGCAUCUAUGUGAACUUCUUCAAAGGCAUUAGUCAUUAAUCUUACAGUUCAUACAAAAUCUUUGUUUAAACACUGGCCCUUAACACUUACUUACAAAUUUAAAACCAUGACUUGCACUGCACACAAAUAACUAAUAUUGACAUUAUAUUCAUGUUGUUUAGCCAGAUGGGAACUGGCCCCCACCGUGAGCCUGGUUUCCCCCAAGGUUAUUUUUCUCCAUUAACCAACAUCUUAUGGAGUUUUCUGUUCCUUGCCACAGUCACCUUUGGCUUACUCACUGGGGUUCUAAAUACAAUUAUUAUUUAACUAUUUAUUUUAAUACACAAUUCACAAUUACACAGUGAUGACUCUAAGACUUUAUAGAUAUUACUGUAAAGCAUGAUUUCUGUAAAGCUCCUUUGAAACGAUAUGUGUUGUGAAAAGCGCUAUACAAAUAAAAAUGACUUGACUUACCCUUUGCUUCACUAGCGCUUUGGAGGUCAUAGGGAUAGUUUGGGGUGGCAAAGUCCACCCCAACACCCCCUAGAUCCAAACCUGUUCAUAACAUCAGGGGAGAAAUACUAACACUAAAGUUCCCCGUAGGGCAAAAACAACAGAUUUUGAUUUCAUGGGGUCUUUAAAGAAAUUACUGCAGAAUAAAUGUAAAACCGAAACAAAACGAAACUAAAAAAAGUGGUGGAAUAAUCUGACCUGUGUUUGUGUGUAGAUGGUCUGCCUGUAGAUGGAAAAAUGGCAUGUGGUGCCUGUAAGGUUACUGAUACUGACAGAAAGAUGGACUUAAGUGAAAUCGCAAUGACUGGAGGGAAACAGCAGGGAACAUAAGAAACUCACUGAUUUGCGCUUGGGAGUCUGUGGCCCCGGGCAUGUAGGUAUUCCUGCCCUACUACACAUCAAAAACACCCUACCUGCAGUGAGGUACAGUGGAAACGUCAUGCUGUGGGGUGGUUUUUCAUCAUUAGGGAUGGCAUAUCUUGUUAAAACAGGAAUAAGAAUGGAUGAUGCAAAAUACAGCAACAAACUGCAAGUUUCAGUCUGCCAAAAAACAAACUUUUAGGAAAGUUCUUCUUUCAUGAGGACAAAUGAACAUUGGGAGCAAUGGGCAAAUGGCCUACAAUGGCCCAGUCCAAGUCAAUUUACAACCCAGUUGACUUCAAAUGAGAAUUGAGAGCUUAGACAGAGGGGAUUCAGUCUCAAAUUUCAGUCUGAUCCUCAUACAAAGCUGUCCUAUCACUUCAGAAGACUUAUAAAGUGAAUAUAGUGUAUGGAAUAAGUCAUAUGGACUACUUUUAUUGUACUUUUUUUCUUUUCUUUUUGGAGCUCAUAACACCAUGAAAGUACUUUCAGUCCUACAUCUUUUGUGUUUCAUGGAAAAAACAAAAAGUUAUACAGGUUUGGACUUGUGUGAUGACAGAAUUUUAAUUUUUGGGUGAACAUGUCCUUUAAACCACACUUAAAAAUGUUUGAAUGUGAAAUUAUACUAUAAUAUACACAUACUUGCUAAACUGGAA